AUGGCCCAGAGAACCCAUGGUCAAGCCAUGAUGGCACCGCCACGGAACUGUGGCUCAGCUACCAUAACGCACAUUCUGAUUGGCUGCAGCGGCUCCCGCGUGCGUGAACUAUCCUCCACAGACGAACACAUGCUGGACGCCUGGCUGCUGGAACUGAGGCUUAAACAUAAUUUCCUUUCCAUCGUGACGUAUACGCUUCCUCCAACCCGCGGUUUUGUGCAAACACGUGCCCUGAUGACACGAGGAUUCGCGAAUCUGUGUGUAUUCGGGGGUUAUUUGUAUAUCAUAUUGGGCGUCCGUCUCGUGGAGGCUGUGAUUUACUUCAGCGCAAACGCGCAUAUUCGAGCUUGCUGA